ACCAUGUUCAGCCAGGGGGAUUUUGAAGAGGACUGGCUCCUGCUGGCCAGUGGAGGCUUCGGCCAAGUCUUCCGAGUGAGGCACAAGAGAUGGAGGACCGUCCACGUGGUGAAGUGCUUCCCUGGCCUUCAACAAGCUCCCACCUUUGACAGAACCACCCUCGACAUUCUCAGUGAAGAGGCAGCCAAGCUGGAGAAAGUCAAAUUCCAGCACGCGGUGUCCGUCUACGGCCUCUGCGACAGCCCCGUGGGGGUCGUGAUGGAGCACAUGUCCGGGGGCUCCUUGGCGAAGACUCUUCCCACCCACCAAAUGACGCGGCAGCUGAAGUCCCGCAUCAUCCACGAGACGAGCUUGGCCAUGAAUUUCCUGCACAGCUUGAACCCUCCUUUGCUUCACCUGAACCUAAAGCCAGGAAAUAUCCUCCUGGAUGCCCACAUGCAUGUCAAGAUUUCAGAUUUUGGACUGUUCAAGUGGAUGGAGGUGUCGAGCGGGAUGCCCUACAUUGAGAGGUCAGCCCUGAACAACUCCUUGGGCUACGUUGCCCCUGAGAUGCUUCUGCAGAGCACGAAACCACCCGGAACCAAAUGUGAUGUCUACAGCUUUGGGAUUGUCAUGUGGGAGAUUCUAACCCAGAAGAAAGCCUAUGCAGGGGCCAGCAUGGUGACCAUUAUUAUGGACGUGGCCGCAGGCAAGCGUCCCUGCCUGGCUCUUAUCUGUGAUGACAGCCCAGGAGAACGCCAGCAGAUGGUUGACUUGAUGAAGAGAUGUUGGGACCAGGACCCCAAGAGGAGGCCGAGCUUCACAGAUAUCUCAGCAGAGUUGGACAUAUUACUGUCAUUAAUCCAAAGCCCUGUGGUGGACCUGAAGAAGGAGCACCUCUCCAGGAAGACAUCACUAAGGCCUGGCUUCUCUGGGAGCGGAGAGAGCAACAAAGAUGGAUUCGCCCUCUCUCAGGGGACGAGCAGCAUCGACGGUGCAAACGAUAAGGAUCACUUCUGCAGCUCCCUUCAGAAUGCUGUUGAAAGCCUAGAAUCCUUCAUCCUGUCUGAAGAAGCCAAUGAGAGCCAUGAAAACAGCCCUGGUUUGCUUCACCGCCUGGUUGCUGAAGGGCAUCUGGAGAAGGUGGCGGUCCUCUUGAGGCAGGGAGCUGAUGUGAAUGGCAAAAUCCCCUGUGGCUACACUGCCCUCAUCGUGGCUGUCCAGAAGAGGUCUCUGGAGAUGGUCUCUCUCCUCCUCAAGCACGGGGCAGAUGCCAGCACGCCUGACAAUGACGGCUGGACACCUCUUCACUUUGUCGCGCAGAACGGGGACGACAGAAUCGCCCGCCUGCUGCUUGACCACAAGGCCGACAUGGAUGCCCAAGAACUCGACGGGUGGACGCCCCUUCUCUUGGCCUCUCAGAACAACUUUGAAAAUGUCGUCCGGCUCCUCCUCUCACGCCAAGCUGACCCAAACGUUCAGGAGAGCGAAGGGCGGACUGCUUUGCACGUGGCUGCUUAUUAUGGGCAAGUCAAGCUUGUUAAGAUGCUGGCCAACCAAGGGGCAGAUGUGGAAAAGAAGCAGAAGAACCACCGAACCCCACUUCAUGUGGCUGUAGAGAAAGGAAAAUUUAGGGUGGUCCAAUACCUCCUGAAGAAGGGCACAGUGGUUAACUCCCUAGACCAGAAUCUUUGCUCCCCUUUACAUCUGGCUGUAUUGAAAGGCAAAUACCUCCUCUGUGAAAUGCUGAUACGACAUGAAGCCGACGUGGACCUCUCAACAGACAAAGGAUGGACCCCUUUGCAUCUGGCGUCCGCGAAGGGUCACAUGGAAAUCAUCCGCCUCCUGGCAGACAACCGCGCUCAGGUGAACGCCAGGGGCAGCCUGGGUUGGACGCCUCUACACUUGGCUAUGCACUGCUGCAAAGAGGUUGUUGCCUCUGAGCUGCUGAGGCGGGGAGCGGACCCGAAUGCUGCUGAGGACUCAGGCUGGACUCCACUGCAUUUGGCGGUGCAGCGUGGCACCUUGCCCGGUACGAUGACUCUCCUGGAGCACAAGGCAGACGUCAACAGCAAGAACAAGGCGGGCUGGACGCCCACACACCUGGCGGUGCUCAAAGGGAACUUGCCCAUCAUAAAGAAGCUGCUCCAAGCUGGUGCUAUUCUGGAGAUGGAGGAUGACGCAGGUUGCACACCCCUCCAACUUGCUGUCAGGAGUCAAAAGCAAAACAUUGUGGAUUUGCUGCUAGGCCAGGAAUCCUAA